AUGUCUGGUCUCCUUCGCAUUCAACUAAGGCCACAGGCAUCCGGAUUGCUCCGUGUUUCCGAAUCAGGUAGAGCCAGUUUUGCGCAUGUUGCCAAAGCCGUUGCUAGCAUCGGGGAACUAUCUGGUGCACGGAUGUGUAACAUAGCUAAGAAGAACUUAAGUAUGAGGAGACGUUUUGAUUACUUCAGUCGGGGAAUGGCCACUAAGAAGGAGGUUACAUUGACUUCAGAGAUGUAUCCCGAGACCAAACGGAAUCCCGCAUUUAAGAAAAUCACAACUGACGAUAUUGACUUCUUCAAAAAAGUUCUCGGAGACAAGCAGGUGAUUACAGAUGUAGAAGAGUUAGAGAAGUACAAUGUGGACUGGAUGGCCAAAUACAGAGGCCAGUCACGUGUCGCAUUGCGUCCCAAAACGGUCCAGGAAGUGUCAAAGGUUGUGAAGUACUGUAAUGAAAAUAUGAUUGCAAUUGUUCCACAAGGUGGAAACACAGGCUUAGUUGGUGGUUCGGUCCCAGUUUUCGACGAAGUUGUUAUUUCUGUGGCUAACAUGAACAAGGUGAGAUCGUUUGAUGAGACCUCUGGUAUCCUCAAACUUGAUGCGGGUGUGAUUAUGGAGGAUGCAGACAACUUUCUUGCCAAAAACGGGCAUAUCUUCCCGCUCGAUUUGGGAGCCAAAGGGUCAUGUUUCGUUGGAGGAAAUGUUGCAACCAAUGCUGGUGGUGUCCGGUUAUUGAGGUACGGAUCACUGCAUGGUUCUGUUCUUGGAUUGGAAGCAGUUUUACCGGACGGAACGAUAUAUGAUUCGAUGCACUCACUUAGAAAGGACAACACUGGCUAUGAUUUGAAGCAGUUGUUUAUUGGAUCCGAGGGAACAUUGGGAAUCAUCACUGGCAUUUCUAUUUUGUGUCCGGGUCGUCCAAAGUUCUCGAAUGUUGCAUUUUUGGGACUUGAUAGCUAUGAAAAGGUCCAGCAGACGUUUAAAGCGGCCAGAUCUCAGCUUUGCGAAGUUCUUUCUGCAUUUGAGUUCAUGGAUCGCCGCUCAGAAGUUUUCUCGUCACGUUUACUUGGCCGUGCACAUCCUUUGGCUGGUGAAGACGUGGAUGUGGAUUCUCUCAAAGGAAAUUAUGCAGCUUCCGUUCCAGAGUAUCCAUUCUAUGUGCUUAUAGAGGUUGCUGGUUCAAGCAAGGAGCACGAUGAUGAAAAGCUCGAGUCUUUUCUUGAAAACGUGAUGGAAAGUGGUGAAGUUUCAGAUGGUACAGUUUCGCAAGAUGAGGCACAGAUGGCGGAACUUUGGGAAUGGAGAGAGUCCAUCAGUAUGGCUGCUAAGAUUGAUGGCGGUGUUUACAAGUAUGACGUGUCGUUACCGCAGUCAAAGAUUUACGACUUGGUCAAUACUGUUCGGGAGCAUCUUACGGAGAAGAAUUUACUUUCUGCUACAGACAAGUCGAAACCGAUCGUUGAUGUUAUUGGAUACGGCCACAUUGGUGAUGGCAACUUGCAUCUCAAUGUUUGUGUUCGUGAGUACUCCAAGGUUGUUGAAGAGGCUUUGGAGCCAUAUGUGUAUGAGCAGGUUCAGAAAUACCACGGAUCUAUUUCGGCCGAGCACGGUUUGGGAUUCCAGAAGAAACACGCAAUUCAGUACACGAAGAAUCCGGUUGAGCUGCACCUUAUUCGUGAUAUGAAGAAGCACUUCGAUCCGAAGGGAAUCAUGAAUCCAUACAAAUAUGUUUGA